GAUCAACCAAGCCGCUCUGCUGAUGACUGAUUGCAGCUAAUGUUCACUUGUUGUUGAAAUACAGGGAAAGGUUGCAGUCGUGGUGUCAAUCACAGCUGCACUGCAGUCAUAGCCUUUUGGAUGUUUCUGCAGUUUCUCAGCUAUUCUGAUGGGCAACGGAAUAGAAGCCAUAUGGAGUAAGAGUCAUCGCUGGCAGGGGUAAACACUCAUACAUGGACAGGACCAAGGAUGAUAGAGGAGAAACCUGCCAGAAGUCCAAACAUACAUGCUGAAUCCUUCUCUCUCAUAUCAAAAUAACUUUUGCUCUCACGAUGUCAUCAAGACAUGAGGUUCCUUCAGAUAUCAAUGUGGAUACGUUCCACGAUAUCCUCAACUCUUCCUCCCCAUCCUCACCAACUCAGUCUUGCAGCAUAGACGAGUCGUACAAGUACAUCUUCCUUCCCAUUUGUUAUUCCUUCACAUUCAUCUUUAGCAUCUCUCUUAACUCUGUCAUCCUCUACCGUUCUUUCCGUCGGACCAAACGCUGGAAUGCUUCUUUAAUAUACAUGGUUAACCUGGCCUCUACAGACUUUAUGUACGGCCUGUCGCUGCCAUUUCUUGUAGGAAGUUACAUAAUGCGUGACCGCUGGGUUUUUGGGGACUUCAUGUGCCGUGUGGUUCGUUUUCUCUUCUACUUUAACCUCUAUUGCUCCAUCUUCUUCCUCACUUGUAUCUCUGUGCACAGAUACCUUGGUAUUUGCCAUCCAAUGAAAGUGAUAACGCUGGAGACCAAGAAGGCCGUCAAGUGCACUUGUGUCCUUGUUUGGAUAAUAGUAUUUGCUUUGACUUGCCCCAUCUUCCGUUUUGCUCAGACUGGUCAUGUGACAAGAUUAACAGGGUUUGGAAGCAAUGUAAGUACUGACAACCCGAGUAAUAGCAUAUCAUCAGAAAAUGGUAAUGCGGGCUAUGGUAAAUUGGAAGGGGUAAUUGAAGAGUACCAGAACUGCUGGGAUGAUGCCAUCGAUAAGGAGUUUCCUGAUUAUGUACCCUAUGGCAUCACACUCCAUUUGCUGGGCUUUUUUGUGCCAUUUUCCAUAAUCGCUUACUGUUAUUCUCACGUAGUUCUGACCAUAUUUAGGACACUGCAUUCUCAGCCCUCACUGUGCAGAAAUCCAAUGGAUGAAUGCAUGGAGAGAAGAGAUGGGAAAGCCUCAGCAGUUGUUAGAACGGGAAGAAGACGAAGCAAUGGAUUGCAGAAGAUGGCGGGACGAGAUGAAGGGAUUUCCAUUUCACUUGGUGCGCACUCCCCAUAUGCCAGUCGAAGGCGUAAAUCUAUCAAAACUAUUAUCACUAUCACCCUGCUAUUUGCUCUGUGUUUCUUCCCCUUUCAUGUUACCAGAACCAUCUUUCUUUUGCUGAAAGUUACCAAGGGAGUUCCCUGUCACACCAUGACGGCAGUCUCUAUGUGCUAUAAGAUUACCAGACCUUUAGCAUCGUUCAAUGCAUGGCUCAAUGCCCUUCUUUACUUUCUGACUAAAGAUAAAGGAGGAGCUCACUGCUGCCAAGCAGUAAACACCCCUACCCAGCAGCAUGCUAUGCUACAGUUGCCACUAAGAGUGAUGGGAAAAGGAGAGGGUGAAGUGGACAGAGAAACAGAAGACCGUAUUGACAAAAAAGAGAAUAAAGCAUGUCAAAGUCCAUCAUAUAUGAACAGAGCAAAAGUUAAAUAUGUAGCUGAAUGAACUUCAGAUGCACUGCUGGAUGUUAUUUAUAGACACCAAUAAGCAACACAUUAGUAACAAGUGAAUCAGUCCUGCUUCAUGUUAAUCAUUUAUGUAAAUCUCAUUUUGAGAUCCACUACCCACAUCUUGGUAUAGGGACUCACUGACAUUGGUUUUACCUAGCUGGACAAUAUGCAUUGCAAUACCACGAAAUGUACUCAAGGAACAUGCCAAACCAGUAAAGACACUGUCACCAGCUGCUAAGCUCCCUGGAUCCCAAUCAAAUUCAACAUCUGCAAUACAUACCGGGAGAAGUCUUGAUUCCCUGGGCCAAACCUUCAACUCCAGAAGACCUACUGGCAACAUCCUCCUACCAGACACCAGUAAACACCAGAUGUCCACCAUACCCUGACAACUGGAAUCAGAGAACACAGAAGACUGAAAUUAACAACUAUAAAUAUCCACGCAUAUAUACAAGGGAAACAAACAAAUGUCACCAUUUUUAGACUCAGUGAAAUCGAAAGCCAAUAUCACAGACUGUACAUAAAAGAUCGAAGUACCAACGGCAAGAUUUGUGAAAGCAAGCAGAGGAUGUUUUGUAACUUCCCCCAAGGGAAUACUUCAUCAACUACUGUUGGCUGAAUCCUGUCAGAAUGCUUAUUUAUUGCUACUGUCGAUGUAACGUUUACACAAUAGUUAUAAACUUUAAUUCUGCAGGUUAAAAAUGUAA